UAACGUUGAGUUGGAAUGUGGAAUAUGCGGUCUGAGCGAGCCAGAAAAAUGACGAUAUAAAUCCACAAGGGCCGGAAACACGCUUUUCUAUAGUCCCGAGCUAUUUAAUCCAGUGCAUAAACCAAGUCAGCAGGAAAAUAUGAAUGGUCCGGACAUCGCAUGUCACCACCGUCUUUCAUGCAGCCAUUUGGCUCGUUCAGCAGGAUUCCUUCUGUUAGUCGUAACUGAAACUUUGUCCUGUGGGGACUUCUCCAUAGAAAAUCCUUCCUGCCAUAUUUUUUUUGGGCGAAAAUGCCGGCUUAGGUUCCAACGAGUAGUUUGGAUCGUCCCAUACAAGAUUUGAGAAGAAUGUUUGAGGAGUGUUUCGGCAACGGCCCGUUCAUCUUCAGGAUCAACGACGCUGGUGCCGGGCCUCAACUGCUAGCUCAGGUGUGUAUCGAACGUGGAUGGAGAGAAUACAACCCUGAAACCAACGAAAAUCACUGGAAUCUAUGGUGGAAGACUUCAGGUUUCUCCAACGGUCAUCACAAGAACAUCUAUGCCUUCCAAUUCUUGAAUCAUAUUCCGAAAGGAUCCACCAUUUGCAGGAAAGACAACCUCAUUAGAUACUUAAGGUGUAUGAGGAAGGUCUAUGGAUCAGUUUAUGAUUUCAGCCCCCAUGGGUACAAUUUGCCAUUAGAAUACACCAAAUUGGCCGCUGAAUGCAGCCGCAGCAGACCGCCCAGUUAUCGCGACGAAAAUCUUCGACUCCCCGAGGAAAAACCCAUUUGGAUCUGCAAACCGGUGGCCCAAAGCCAAGGCAGAGGAAUCUUCCUGUUCAAGAAACUGAGCGAAUUAAACUACGACACCAACACGAUCGUGCAGCGCUACAUUGAAAAGCCUCUUCUGAUCGGGGGCUACAAGUUCGACUUGCGCCUCUAUGUGUGCGUUCCCUCCUAUCAGCCGCUGGUGGUCUACAUGUACAAGGAGGGACUGGCUCGAUUCGGCACCGAUAAAUUCAGCCUGAACGACCUGAAGAACCCUUUCAGGCAUCUAACCAACUCCUCCAUCAACAAAUUAGGCCCCGGCUAUGCGGAGAUGAAGGACAGAGUGGGAUCCGGAUGCAAGUGGACUCUGAGGCAGCUCAGAAGGUACUUCCAGCAAGCCUCCAUACCGGACUGGCUGAUAUGGCAAAAAAUCACUUCGCUUGUGGUGCUGACCAUUCUGAGCCAGCUGCACCAAAUUCCCCCCACUGUGAACUGUUUUGAGUUCUUCGGCUUCGAUAUUCUGAUCGACAGCGCUUUGCGCCCGUGGCUUUUGGAGGUCAAUCUGAGCCCUGCUCUGAGCAAUGACUGCGACGCCGACAGUCUUGUGAAGAAGCCAAUGUUGCACGAUAUGUUCGACCUUUUAGGCCUGCCCCUGUACAACACUGGACUGUCCAUUUUUAAUGUCUGGCUGGACGGGACAAGCGACAAUGACAGUUUUCUAGUGAGGGUGAGGGGGAAACCUAAAAAAACCGUUUGCAGAGAGGAGGACUUCGAUGCCAAAAUGUCCCUGAAAGGGACGGUGACGAUACUAAACGCCGCUGGACGUUGGAGGAGGAAGGUUAGGCGAAUGUCCGCCCACCAGUCGUCCUACAGCAGCACCAGCACUGGGCGGGCCAGAGUGCGCUCAUCUCCACCCACCAACCAAAGAUCUUACAUGAAGCUGCCCAAGGCGCAGCUUGGCAACCCAACCACGCCUCUAACUUCCAACGUGCCAAAGGAAAACACGGUGGAUGAAGACCUUAGAAGGCCGGGCUUCAAAACGUGGGGCAACGGCCGGGACUGGAGGAGGCCCAAAGCUCGAGACGGAGGUUGGGUGAGGGUCUGGCCUCUGGAUAGCGAGGAGCAGCUGGAUGGGAACAACAAUGUUUCCAUUAGUGGCAACACUGGCCUCAAUAAAAUGGGCGUUAAAGCGAUGGUGAAUAAGAUAGGAAAAUUCAACAAAACUGCCAAGGAACUAGCGAAAAAGCAUCCGGCCGCUUCUGAGGGCCAAUUGACCGAAUUUUUGCAGCAGGAGCUGGCCAUAAGCGGCGAUUUGUGGAUUCCUCCUUUAUAAAGUGUUCGAAUUGCUUCUAAACCAAGCGCGCCCAACAUAUGCGGUAGAACAGCCAAGCAAGCGAUUGCUGCAUCUGUUUGGCGCGCCGGCAAUAAAUAUUCCGAUUCGAUUUUCCAAACUUUUACUGCCUGAGCCAAUGUUGAAAAUAAGUCCAGGCACGUCUUAUCCAAAGAAUUACUGUCCAAUUCUUUCAAGAAAAUGGUGAAUUUGCCGCACUUCUUGAAGGUCGGGUGCGCUUCGCGCAACGUAUUUCUGAGGAUGCAAGCCACUCGUUCAAGCGAAACGUUAGAAAGCACACUGGAAGCAGUAAAAUGGGAGGUAAAAAAUGGAUAUCGGAGCACUGAGUCGGAAAACGUAUACGCACUAGCCUAACUAGAUCAGACGUGUCUGGACUGUCCGUUAGAUAUGAAAUUCCUAAUCUAAGUGCGUUUUGUUGCGAUUAUAGCCGAUUUCUGGCGCAAAUGUAUUUUUUGCGCCCGUAUAUACAGCAUUAAACCCUUUUGAAAC